GCUUUUCAUUGUUUCAAUCAAUAAUAUAUGUGUCAAAUAUAGAAUAUCUUUUUCAAAAAAUCAUUCUAUCGUGAAAAACUUGUUUAAAGUUCUAAGGAAUUUAGAACCAGGCUUUAAGUUUGUUCAGCUGCAAAGUGAGCACUAAGCUCUUUGCCCCGCCCAUGUCAUUGUACCAGGGUUCUUAUCUCAGAAACACCACUCAACCUCUGUUCACUUAAAGCACAGUCCUUGAUCUCACUCAGCUGAAGAGAUGAAUAACCAAGGAGCAAUCUAUGCAGAAUUGAAGGGAGUCAAGAACUCAACGAGGCAGGAAAUAAAACCUAAGGUUUCUAAAAGUUCCAUUUCAAUGACUGAGCAGGAAUUAACAUAUAUAGAAUUAAAUCUUCAAAAUUCUUCUCAGAAUCUUCAUGGGAAUGACAAGAAUUACCACUCCAAAGGUUCACCAUCACCUCCAGAGAAGUUCAUUGCUGGGAUCCUGGGACUCAUCUGCCUUGUCUUGGCGUCCAUUCUGUUGACAGUGAUCAUUGUUACUCCCUCUACUCUAAUACAGGAACAGAAUUACUCCUGUCUCAUAACGAGGCUCCAGAAAGUAAUCCAUAAUCAUUCUUCAGAAUGUCAUUGUGGUCAUUGUCCAAGAGACUGGCUUACAUAUUCCAACAACUGCUAUUAUACUAGUUUGGAAAAAAAAUCAUGGAAUGAGAGUGUGAGAUCCUGUGCUACUAAGAAUUCUACUCUGCUUUAUAUAGAUAAUGAAGAGGAAACGAAAUUUCUGAUGUCCCUAUCAAUUACAUCAUGGAUUCCAGUCUCUCGUGAAGGCCGCGGUCAUUCGUGGAUGUGGCUCAAUGGUUCAACUUGCAAACUACAGAUAAGAGACUAUUUACCUGGUGAACGUAACUGUGCUGUACAAGAUUUAUGGAACAUAAGAUCGGAAGACUGUCAGGCUCCAAAUGCAUAUAAUUGCAAGCCUAAGCUUGAGAAUUAAAAUACAAGUAUGGAUGCUGUUUGAUAACUUGAUCUUUUAUAAAAUGGAAAUAAUAUUCUGAUUGCAUAAAUUUUAAAAUGAAUUAUUUUAUUUUUUCUGAUAAUGAAUGUUUUUCAAAAACAGUUGAAAUAUAAUAGUGUGUGCUCAUUUGUUCAGUUGUGUCUGACUCUUUGAGACCCAUGAACUAUAGGCUGUCAGGCUUCUCUGUCCAAGGAAUUCUCAAGUCAAAAUAAUAGAGUGGUUCUAAUCCCAGAUUUUUAGGGAAUUUCCACACACCAUAGUGGCUGUACCAGUUUGCAUUCCCCCCAAUAGUGAAAGAGGGUUUCCUUUUCUCCACAUCCUCUCCAGCUAUUGUUGUUUGUCGACCUUUUCAUGGUGGCCAUUCUGACCGACAGAGACGAUACCUCAUUGUAUUUUUAAUUUGCCUUUCUCUAAUAAUGAGUGAUGCUGUGAUAUGACAAAACUACAUAUGUUUUCAUGUAUUUUAUUAGCCCUCUGUAUACCUUCUUUGGAGAAAUGUCUCUUUAGUUCUUUGACCCAUUUUUUGAUUGGGUUGUUCAUUUUUCUGGUAUUGAGCUGCAUGAACUGCUUGUAUAUUUUGGAGCUUAAUUCUUUGUCAGUCGUUUCAUUUGUUGUUACUGUCUUCCACUCUGAAGGCUGCCUUUCCACCUCGCUUAUAGUUUCCUUCCUUGUGCAAAAGCUUUUAAGUUUCACUAGGUCCCAUUUGUAUUUUUGUUUUUAUUUCCAUUCCUCUGCAAGGUGGGUCUUGCUGUGAUUUAUGUCAGAGGAUGUUAUGCCUCUGUUUUCCUCUAAGAGUUUUAAUAGUUUCUGGUGUUAAAUUUAGAACUUAAAUCCAUUUUGAGUUUAUCUUUGUUUAUGGUGUUAGAAAGUGUUCUAGUUUCAUUCUUUAAAAUAUGGUUGACCAGUUUUCCCAGCAUUUGAAUCAGUUCUAAUGAGGGGGAUGAAACUGCAGCCUAUUAUACAGAGGAAACUAAAUCAGAAAGAGAACCAUCAAUACAGUAUGUUUACAAAGAUGGUAACAACAAUCCUAUAUGCAAGGCAACAAAAGAUACACAGAUAUAAAGAACAGAUUUUUGGAGUAUGUGGGAGAAGGCGAGGGUGGAAUGAUUUGAGAGAAUAGCAUUGAAACAUGUAUAUUACCAUAUAUAAAAUAGAUGACCAGUGCAAGAUGGAUGCAUGAAGCAGGACACUCAGAGCUGGUGCUCUGGGACAACCCAGAGGGAUGGGGCAGGAAGAAAGGUGGGAGGGGUGGUUCUUGGAUGGGGUAACACAUGUGCACCCAUGGCUGAUUCAUGUUGAUGGAUGAGAAAAAUACCACAAUAUUUUAAAGUAAUUAUCCUCCAAUUAAAAUUAAUUAAUUGAUUUUUAAGAAAGACUACUGGAGUGGGCUAGCAUUUCAUAUUCCCUGGAGGAUCUUCCUGACCCAGGGAUCAAACCCUCAUCUCCUGAAUUGGCAGGCAGUUUCUUUACCACGAGGGCCACCUGGGAAACCCCUUUGAAAUAAUAUACACACAUUUAAAGAUAUAGGUAUCAUUUCUUUUGUGUCUCACUUUUUUUGCUCAAGAGUAUGUUUAUGGCAUUCAAACUUCUAAAAGAUUGCAUAUUGUUGAGCCCAUUUCCAUGUAAUAUCAAAAACAGGAGUAGAGAGACCAAAAGUAGAUUAGUGAUUACUAAGGGUUGUGAAGAGAUGGGAAAAGGAAAAGACUGCAAACUGAUUAGUGAUGAAUGCUUUCUAGAUUUUUGAUAGUAGUAAUGGCUGUAAACUGUGAAUAAAUUUACAAUCAUGGAUUUAUAUAUUUUAAAUGGAUACAUUUUAUGCUCUGUAAAUUACACCUCAAUA